AUGGACCACCUGCAAAUGGGUUCGUAUCCGGUGGUGGUUCUCAAUGACUGGCCGUCAAUCAAACAGACAUUUCAUGACGAGACGGCUCUAUAUCGGCCUAAAGACAACUUCUUUAACACUGCAUUUCCUGCGGGGUUUGCAUCGAUUAGCGGCGACGCCUGGAAAGAGCAAAAACGUGUCUCAAAUAAUGUCAAUUCCUUUAACUUCGGCCGACGUUUCGAUUAUACGGACAGCAAAAAGCAAGCGAUCGAUGACUUUCUCAAACUGGACCCGAAUAAAAUGCUUGAAGGAAAUACUCUGAAUCUAAUCGCUGGCGGAUCCUUAGCUAUAAUGCAAACCGUCGAGUGGGCCGUCGCUAUUCUGGCCAUCAAUCCAUUAAUGCAACGACACAUCCAUAAAGAGAUCGAUGAAGUGAUUGGCAAUGAAAGGAACCCUAAAUUUUCUGAUAGAAACCAAAUGCCAUAUUUGCAGGCAUUCAUGUGGGAAGUGUGGAGUGCGUCCAAAGAUAUGGUAAUCUCAGGAUUCAAAAUACCAAAAGACACUCAAAUUUUAGUUAACUUCUGGGCCAUUGAUAACGACCCAAACCUAUGGGAAAAUCCGACGGAAUUCAGACCCGAAAGACUUCUCAGCAAAGAUCUCAAGACAUUUAAAAAACCCGAGCAUUUGAUCCCAUUUUCAAUCGGGAAGAGGUCGUGUCCGGGAGAGAUCUUAGGAGUGGUCGAAACGUUUCUAUAUCUGAGUUCUUUGCUUCAGAAAUACGAAAUUAAAGCCAAUCAUAAAACCGAUCGAAAGCUUGAAUACAAUUUCGAGUUCUCAAUCGCUCCGAAACACAAUCCUAACAUUACUUUCAUUAGACGACUUCAUAAUUAG